AUGUCCUUGGUCCGGCAAGUGCUGGACCUGCUGUUGAACGUUGCCGACCCGCCGGCGUUCUUCCUCGGCGAUCCAUGGCCCGUUCCCCACCAAAUUUCCCCUUUUGUCACAUGCCAGAUCCUCCCUCUCUUCUCUCUCUCCAAUCUUCUGGCCCAGGUCCAGUGCGGUCAAAGUCCCUCCUCUGUCGACUCGGCUCUCCAUUUUGCUGUGUCGCUAGGACUUUCUAGCUACAAGUUCUCCGGUCAUAACCCUCCGUUGGCCGUUACUGCGCUCGUCCACAAUGGCGACACCUGCCUCCAGCUCGGGCGAACAACCCCGCGAAAAGAUCCCCGCUCCGCCACGGCCGUCUCCAACGACCACACCGAUGCCGCAAACACAGUCCCUGCAACGGCGACCCCCACGGAGAAGCCGCUGGACAGGCCACCGGCUCCUCAAAUGGACGCUGAUGACGAAGACUCUGACUUUGACGAACUAGAUGAUGUGCUCGAUGAUUUCUCCAAGCCCAAGCCCAAUACCAAGCCGGUGCCUGCGCCCGUAACUACACAAUCAGACCCUACCACGGGCAUCGCUCCGCCUGAUUUCGACGAAGAAGCUUUUCUCAAGCAAUUGGAAAAGGACAUGGCCAAUAUGAUGGCGAAUCCCGGCGCCGCGGGCCCCGGAACUGCCGACGGCUUGGGCUUCCAGGCCGCGGUGGACCAGGGUGCCGACGCCUUUGCUAAACAGCUCGAAGAGAGCGGGAUUCCACCCGGUGACUUUUUGAAGCAGCUACUGGCCGAUGUGAUGGCCGAGGAGGGAAUGAAUGGAGUCGAGCAAGGAAGUGCGAGUGAGAGCGGGAUCGAAAGCGCCAAGUCGGGGCCUGCUGCUGCUACGACUGCUGCAGCCCCAUCAACUGGUGCUGCGGGGACGGAUCAGCCGCAGCCGGAGAACUUCAAUGAUGCGAUUCAGCGCACCAUUGAGCGAAUGAAGCAGUCUGGUGAUCGGGCGACCGAGGCCGCAACAACAGGCGACGGGUUAGACGACGACCUGAUCGCGCAGCUGCUCAAGGCUGUCGAGGCUGGGGCGAGUGGGGCGGGUGAGGAUGGGGAUUUGACGAAGAUGUUUAUGGGUAUGAUGGAGCAAUUGUCCAACAAGGAAAUGCUCUAUGAGCCGAUGAAGGAGUUGGACGGUAAAUUUGGACCGUGGAUCACAAAGAACAAGGCGAAUGGGUCGGUGCCGGUCGAAGAUAUGGAGCGUUAUGAGGCACAAGCGCGGGUCGUCAACCAGAUCGUUGUCAAGUUUGAAGAGCCCGGGUAUUCGGACGAGGAUGCCAAAUGUCGGGAAUAUAUUUGGGAGCGCAUGCAAGAGAUGCAAGCCGCAGGCAGCCCACCAGAAGAGCUGAUUUCGAAUCCGCUGAUGGGUGACCUCGGCGGUGCUACGGGCGGUGCACCAGGCGGAGUCCCGGACUGUCCUCAGCAAUGA